AUGAAUUCUACAACUAAAAUCUACACUGUUAUGUGUACAUGUUCAUCAUGUACCAAAAAUGCAAUUGACGGAAUUUUGCAAAAUGCACAGACCUUUAAGCUUAAUACACAAGUUGUCAAAGAAGAUACAAAUGUUGAGAUGGUAGAUGUAUCUGAAACAUCAAUUGAUUAUGAAGACAAUUAUUCUAUUGUAUCAGCCAAAACUACUGUACAGAGUGUACCUUUUUUGAGAGAAGAUGAGAUUUUUCAAUUCGAAGAGUCUGAUGUUGAGACAACAUUAUUGGCUUCUGACAAUGACGAUCCUGAUUCAAGCGAUGAGUCUGAAGAUGAGAGCGAAGUUGAGGUUGCUGGUGUUGAAGAUUUUGAAGACAUGGUUGCUUCCGUUGCUUCUUUGAAAAUUCAUGAAAUGUCUCAAACAAGCCAAUUCAUGGCUCUAUUUGGCGUUAUCUUUCAGGCGUUUUACUUGGUUCAAGCAGGUGGAACUGCUAUGUUGAAAUUCUUCCACCAUCUUCUUAUUGCCUUUGAUAAGGAUACUGAUCUCCCACUCACCAUUGAUGCAUUAAAGACUAUGACCGGCUUCAAUUUCAUGACAAAAAGCAUUGUCAAAUACACCAUCUGCAACAAGUGCUUUGCAAUUUAUCUACCAGGCAAUCGCCAACCAAAUUGCACAUUCGAAAAAUACACAACCACACCAUCAACAUAUUGCGGAAAUCCUCUUUUCUCUGACACUGAAGCUGAUCGCACCGUCCCUCUCAUGGUUUUCCCAUACAACUCGCUCAAGAAUGCAUUGGCACAGCAUUUCGCCAAACCUGGGGAAACCGUAAACAGUACCUUGUUGGACGUCUAUGAUGGUGCAAUGUGGUCUGAGCUCCUUGAUGAAGAUGACGAGCCUUUUGUGAAUCACGACCAUUCUUUGAUGUUGAAAUUGAAUGUAGAUUGGUUUCAACUAUUUGAGGGUCUUCACAUGCAAGUGGGGCCUUGUACUUGUCAAUGA